GAGGUGGAGGUGGAGGUGAAGAGACGCAAAACGCAGAGCAUAAAUCAUAGCCAUACAUUAAACGAGAGGCUAUCCGGAGUCUCAUCCUUUCUCUUCCUCAUCUUCUACUCCUACUACUACUACUACUUACUACAUUACUAGAAUCAAUCAAUCAAUCCCAACCAAACCCAAUCACCAAUUAUGGCUUCGGCUACUCUCUCUGUAGCCAAACCAGCUCUUCAGGCUACUGGUAAGGGCUUCAGUGAAUUCUCAGGUCUUCGUUCCUCGUCCGCAAGUCUUCCCUUCCCCCGGAAAUCCUCCUCUGAAGACUUUGUUUCCGUCAUUGCCUUCCAAACCUCUGCUAUAGGAAACAACAAUGGUGGUUACAGAAAGGGCGUGGUAGAGGCAAAGCUAAAAGUGGCAAUAAAUGGGUUCGGUAGAAUCGGCAGGAACUUCUUGAGGUGCUGGCAUGGUCGCAAGGACUCUCCUCUUGAUGUGAUUGCCAUUAACGACACUGGCGGUGUUAAGCAAGCUUCUCAUCUCCUCAAGUACGACUCAACCCUGGGAAUCUUCGAUGCUGAUGUGAAACCUGUUGGGGAUGAUGCUAUCUCUGUGGAUGGAAAAGUCAUCAAGGUCGUCUCUAACCGGAACCCAGUUAACCUGCCAUGGAAGGAAAUGGGUAUUGACCUUGUGAUUGAAGGAACAGGAGUUUUUGUAGAUAGGGAAGGUGCAGGGAAGCACAUAGAAGCUGGAGCUAAGAAGGUUCUCAUCACUGCUCCUGGCAAAGGUGAUAUUCCGACCUAUGUUGUUGGCGUCAAUGCCGACGCUUACAGUCCAGAUGAGCCCAUCAUCAGCAAUGCUUCUUGCACCACUAAUUGUCUUGCUCCCUUUGUCAAGGUUCUUGACCAGAAAUUUGGGAUUAUCAAGGGAACCAUGACCACCACUCAUUCAUACACCGGUGACCAGAGGCUACUGGAUGCUAGCCACCGUGACCUGAGACGUGCAAGGGCUGCAGCUCUUAACAUAGUACCAACAUCAACCGGAGCUGCAAAGGCCGUGGCACUUGUCCUCCCAACACUCAAAGGCAAACUCAAUGGCAUUGCUUUGCGUGUGCCUACACCCAAUGUCUCAGUGGUUGACCUGGUUGUGCAGGUCUCCAAAAAGACAUUUGCAGAAGAGGUGAAUGCUGCAUUCAGGGAGACUGCAGAUAAUGAGUUGAAGGGUAUUCUUUCUGUCUGCGAUGAGCCGCUUGUCUCUGUAGAUUUCAGGUGCACUGAUGUAUCCUCUACAGUUGAUGCAUCACUCACCAUGGUCAUGGGUGAUGACAUGGUUAAAGUCAUUGCUUGGUACGAUAACGAAUGGGGUUAUUCUCAGAGAGUCGUCGACUUGGCAGACAUUGUUGCCAAUAACUGGAAGUGAUAAAUGAGUAGAUGGAAGCAAGUAGCUCUAAAAUUUUUGCUAUCUUCAUCAUUCCCUUUUGUAAUUUCCUAUUUCUUUUAUGAACAAUCUUCAAUUGCCAUGUAUUAUUUACUCCCUGUCAUUUUGCAAUUAUGCUUUUCCUACUUUCAACUCUGUAAGCUGGAUUGCUCUGGACAUACUAGCAUCUUAUUUAUAUGACAUUGGCGGAAUGAAAAUAAAAAGAUCUCAGAAAA